GGCUCUUUAGACUGCUACACCGUCAGUACUUCUUCUUCAUCAUCGACAUGCUCCUUCGACACACAAGUUGGGCAACAUACAAAGGAUACUACUGCUUAUGCUGGUGCCGGAGUUAAAGCCCAGCACCAUCACUAUGGCCGCCCCAUCCACACGGAUAUCGCCCUUGCCGAGAGGUGGAGAGGGGAAUCAACAGCGAAAAGACGAAGACCAGUUGCAUUUGAUACGGGGCCACCAGGGCCGUUGAAAGGGCAAUGGAGAUGGAGACGGAGCAAGAGAGAGAGUUUGUGAACCGCUAAAUAAAUAGCUAGCUGAGCAUUUCCGCCGAGAUCGCAGAAGCGCCAUCUCUGGUGCAUCAACCUGCCUGUCUCUCCUUGAUAUUCGUCUUCUCUCGCUCUGCCCAAGUUCUGCCAAACGACCGCCCAUUCUAUCAUUGUUUUAAGCUUCAUCCUCCCCUCGAACGAUCGAUCCUUGCGCGUGGCACGGGACGCCCAUUUACGCGAGCUUACGUGCUGACUCUCUGGGGGCUGGCCCCACAAAAUCACCACUCGAACACCCAGCGACCAACGAUCGCAUGGCGGCCAAGUCGCCCGAUCCUGUUGCUCUCGACGACAAGGAUCUCGACCGCGACGAAACGAACACCUCCAGUCAUUCAGCUUCCCUCUCGGAGAAAGAACAAGAAGAACGCAGCAUAAGACGGCUCGACCCCGAUGUAGAACAUGGCAUUCCCGUCAUCGACACGACUGAGGAUGCGGACGAAAAGGCACCGCCCGUCACAACCGUCGACCACGACCCGAAUAUCGUCGACUGGGAUGGGCCAAAUGAUCCCGAAAAGGCCAUCAACUGGACAAACCGCAAGAAAUGGUCAAACGUGGCCAUCAUCUCCAGCGUCACUUUCCUGACACCACUGGCUUCAUCCAUGGUUGCUCCGGCCACACCGCUGAUCAUGAAAGAAUUCCACUCGUCCAACGAAACCAUCGCCAGUUUCAUUGUCUCUAUUUACAUCCUGGGCUACGCCCUGGGCCCUCUGUUCCUCGCUCCUUGCAGCGAAAUAUGGGGUCGACUACCGAUCUACCAUAUCUGCAACUUUAUGUUCGUGAUUUGGACAAUGGCUUGUGCUUUGGCACCGAACAUGGGGUCGUUAUUGGUAUUCCGCCUUCUGGCGGGAAUCGCUGGAAGUUGCCCGCUCACCAUCGGAGGUGGCUCCAUUGCAGAUCUCAUUGUCCAAGAGAAGAGAGGUGGCGCGAUGGCCUUGUUUGCCCUGGGACCGCUGAUGGGCCCGGUCAUCGGGCCGGUGGCAGGUGGAUAUCUGGGAGAAGACGAAGGCUGGCGCUGGAUCUUUUGGGUCAUCACGAUCGCCGGCGGUGUUGCGUUGUUCUUCUCGGUGAUAUUCAUGCGCGAGACGUUCGAACCCGUUCUCCUGGAGCGGCGGGCGAAACGACUUCGAAAGGAAACGGGAAAUCCAGAGCUUCGCUCCAAGCUCGAUCAAGGCAUCCCCAUGCGCGACUUCUUCAUCCGUGCUCUUGUUCGACCCACCAAAAUGCUCCUCUUCUCCCCGAUCGUCCUCUUGCUGUCCAUCUACAUGGCCGUGGUCUACGGCUACCUCUACCUCCUCUUCACCACGCUCACCAUUGUCUUCGAAGGACAAUACCAUUUCAGCCAAGGCACAGUGGGACUGAGUUUCCUCGGUAUUGGGAUUGGAUCCAUGACUGGUCUGGUCAUUUUUGGAGCGCUGUCAGACAAGGUCGUCAAGAAGAUGUCGGCCAAGGGCGAAAUGAAACCCGAAUACAGGUUGCCGCCGUUGAUUCCGGGUAGUUUGCUCAUCCCGAUCGGCUUGUUCUGGUACGGAUGGUCCGCGGACAAAGGCAUUCAUUGGAUAAUGCCCAUCAUCGGCACCCUGUUCGUCGGGCUGGGCUUGCUUGCGACGUUCAUGCCGGUGCAGACGUAUCUCGUCGACGCAUAUCACAUGCAUGCGGCUUCGGCGAUCGCUGCCAACACUGUUUUGAGGAGUUUGAUGGGUGCUUUCCUCCCGCUGGCGGGGCCGGAUAUGUACGCGGCUCUAGGCCUGGGUUGGGGCAAUUCUCUGCUUGCAUUUAUUGCGCUCGCCAUGGCGCCAAUGAGUUGGGUCUUCUUUCGAUAUGGCGAGAAGAUUCGAAAGAAAUACCCCGUCAAAUUGUGACCAGGCAUUUCAGAUCACGCAUGGGGAGAGCGGUCGUUUGAUCUAGCAUUGUAUAUAGACUGGGCAUUGGGUCGGCCUUGGUGAAGUAAUCUGGCCAGGCUGUGAACACUAGAAGCCUUGGGGGCAAAAAUCCCAUAUUCUUUUCAAUUUCUUCGAGGCCAGUAUCCAAAGAACUGAGGAAAAACCAAC